AUGGUGGAAUACGGUUCCUGCAUAUUUGCGGGCUGCAGCAACGACCUUGGCCAGGCGGAUGACGAUAGACUCUGCGCGGUGCACACAGGCCAAAAUAGGCCACAACAGCAGCAGAUGACCUUGGGCCAGCAAGAAGGCGGUUAUGCUCCGGGCAUGUUUGCUGACAUGGAUAGCGUGAACUACCCGCCGCAGAUGCAACGACUUGCCGUGCCGCAGAAUGCGACACGAGGGCAUGGUGCGGAGAGAUCGCGAGGUCUCGAGCGCGGUCGAGCAGACCGUGGUAGCGGCUGUAGAAGCCGUUCUACAGGGUAUACAGGGGGUGGAGCAGACCGCGGGCGUGGUGGAAAUGGUGGUGGCGAUGGAACUCGUAGGCGUGGAGCAUCGCGCGAGAGCUCGUCGCGUCACGAGCACACCAACAACCGCCCCGUCUUCACGGUGGAGACAGAAGGUGAGGGUAUGGAUGCUAAUGUCCCUACUAGAGGGGAGGAAGAGACUCCCGCGUCAGAGGAGGUGGAGGAGGAGGACCUUGCGCCUUAUAACGACAGCGUUGGUUACGUUCAGUCGAGGGUGCAGCAAGUGGGUUAG